AUGGCGACCGGGUGGGCCGCCGCCGCUUCCGUGCGUGCGCUUAGGGCCCGCGGCCCCGCCUCUCGGCGAUUUGCCUCCGCCAGCGGCCGCUCCAGCAGCGCCGCCGGAGGCGUCCUCGCGGUGGCGGCGGCGCCAGCGGCGGCGGCGCUCCUAUCGUGGUCGCAGCUGAGGGCGGCAGAUCGCAGCGAGGCACCGGGCGGCCCGCGCCCCGCUCGCUCGCGGGCCCACGUCUCCCUGGCGGAGGGCGAGGAGGCCGAGCCGUCAUCGCGCCCCCCCGUCUUCCUCGAGGAGGGUGUGGCAGGUAGUCGCGGGCGGCGACAUCGGGAAGGCUGA